AUGCAGUAUGAGAAGAUGUCUGAUGUCGCAGUGGAGGACAUGGACUACAUCAACGAAUUCGGCGAUGGUGCCGGCGCAUAUCACGACGCGGAAGAAGUGGUGUUGACGCUCGGUAGCGGCGGCAUGGACGAGAUCAACGGCGGCAGCGGCAAAGUUCGGCAGUCGACGACAACAAGAACAUCCCCAGGACACCGGAGAAGGAGGAGCAGCUUCCUGGUAUCCCACGGGGUCUCCUCGUUUUGGUACGGCGUUUGCUCGGUGGUGGUGUUAGUGGUUGUGUUGACUAACCCGGUGCCUUCCUCUCUUAUCACACAGGUCGCGCAGCUUCUCCUCGGCAACUCAAAGCUCCUCCUACCACCACAUCUCCAGCUACAGCUCCGUUCCUCUUUUUCUUUCAAAUCCCACCACUUCUUCCAACCAUCUCCUCCCUUCUACUCGCCCUCGGCCCAAAUAUUCCAGGAGCCCGUCUGCGAGAAUCCCGCGCCCUUCCCAACAACACCACCCUUUUCGAAACCUCUCACAAUGGCUCUCGAGGCGGACACGAAACGCGUCGUCGACCAGUUCGAGGUCACCGAUGCCUACCUCAACAGCGCCGUCAAGGAGUUCCUCAACCAGAUGCACGAGGGACUCGAGAAGGAUGGCACGAGCUUGAGCCAGAUCCCUACCUACGUCACGGGCGUGCCCAAUGGCACUGAGAAGGGUCUCUAUCUCGCCGUCGAUCUCGGCGGAACCAACUUCCGCGUGUGCUCCGUCCAGCUCAACGGCGACACUACCUUCAACCUCACAUACAGCAAGGUCGCGAUCCCCAAAAACCUGAUGACUGCCGACACGGCCGAGCAGCUCUUCAGCUUCCUUGCCAAGCAGAUCGAGCUCUUCCUGCGCGAACACCACGCCGACCACUUCGAGCAGCACAUCCGCCGCCGCGCGACCUACAGCGCCCCCGAGGGUUUCCGCGACGAGCACGUCUUCCGCCUCGGCUUCACCUUCAGCUUCCCCGUCCAGCAACUUGGCAUCAACAAGGGCAACCUGAUCCGCUGGACCAAGGGUUUCGACAUUCCCGAUGCCGUCGGCAAGGACGUCUGCGCCCUGCUGCAGACCGAGAUCGACAAGCUGCACCUUCCCGUCAAGGUUGCCGCCCUCGUCAACGACACUGUCGGAACCCUCAUGGCCAGAUCCUACACGUCCACCGGCAAGUCGGGAUCCAUCCUCGGCGCCAUUUUCGGCACCGGCACCAACGGCGCCUACCUCGAGAAGCUCUCCAACAUCAAGAAGCCCAUCGUCGGCGACUACGAGGCUGCCACCGGCGAAAUGGUCGUGAACGUCGAGUGGGGCUCUUUCGACAACCAGCUCAACAUCCUGCCCAAGACUGACGCAGACGUCGCACUGGAUAAGGACAGUGUCAAUCCCGGCAUCCAAAUGUUCGAGAAGCGCGUCUCCGGCAUGUUCCUCGGCGAGAUCGUCAGAUUGACCGUCCUCGACAUGCUCAAGGACGAGAAGUCGUCCCUCUUCAAGGACGUCAACUCCAGCUCCAAUGACUGGAAGUCCACCACUGACAUCAGCCGUGAUUCGGGCAUGUUCAAGCAAUGGGGCCUGGACAGCGCCAUCAUGUCCGUGGCCGCCGCCGACAACACCCCCGAGCUCUCCACCCUCCGCCAGGAGCUCGAGUCCUCCCUGCUGGUCUACACCCCGUCGCUCGAGGACGCCCAGGCCUUCAAGGCUAUUUCCGGCGCCGUCGGCCGCCGCGCCGCCCGUCUCUCCGCUGUGGCCAUUGCCUCCAUCGUCCUCCAGUCCGGAAAGCUUGACGACCCCCUCGAGGAGGUCAUUGACAUUGGUGUAGAUGGUAGCUUGGUGGAGCACUACCCCUUCUUCAGGGACAUGAUCUACGAGGCCCUGCGCGCCAUUGAUGGCAUUGGUGCUGAGGGUGCCAACAAGAUCCGCAUUGGCAUCGCCAAGGAUGGAAGCGGUGUUGGUGCCGCGCUGAUUGCCCUUGUGGCAGCUGGCAUGGAGAAGGAAUCUGAUGUCCUGACGGAGUUCAGAAAGAACGUUCAGCGCGAACUUGACUCCAUCCCGACACCACGUGAGUGCCCUACUGGAUCGAUAACCGAUCGCAUCGCCACUACAGUCUCCCCCGUUUAA